GUCUUUGCGACAGAUGGAUGUUAAAAAUGCUUUUUUGCAUGGCGAUCUUCAGAAGAGAUCUAUAUAUCUCAUCCAGCAGCGAGGCUGGUAUUGUACUCCUUCUUGUCUAUGCGGAUGAUAUAGUUAUUAUAGGGACAGACUUGGGAUUGAUAUCUCACCUUCAAAAUCGACUUAAGGAAUCGUUUCAUAUGAAGGAUUUGGGACCUUUACAAUAUUUCUUAGGUCUUGAGGUGCUUUCAACUCCGUUCGGGACUUAUCUGCAUCAACAAUAAGUAUAUGGAGGAGUUGAUUACAUUAGCUGGACUUCCGAAUGGUAAAGUUGUUGACACUUCUUUGGAGGUAUAUGUGAAGUAUCGCAAGGAGGAGGGUGAUCUUCUUUUUGAUCCUUUUUUAUAUUGUCAGCUAGUGGGUAGUUUUAAUUACCUUACUAUUACACGACCUGAUAUCUCUUUUAUUGUUCAACAAGUUUGUCAAUUCAUGCAUGCUCCACGAUAUCUUCACUUAGCCGCGAUACAUCAUAUUAUUAGAUAUUUGAUUGGUACGCCCGACAUGGGUCUUUUCUUUCUAGCCAACUUCUCUCUGAAGUUCAUAGGUUAUAGUGAUGCCGUUUGGGCUGGAUGUAUGGACACUCGUUGCUCGAUUACGGGUUUGUGUACGUUUCUUGGGAGUGCGCUUAUUUCAUGGCGAUGUUUUCUGGCGGAACUUGGUUACCCUCAGCUUGAACCUACUCCACUUCAUGUUGACAACACUAGUGCCAUUCAAGUUACUGCUAAUUCUGUGUUUCAUGAAUGGACUAAGCACAUUAAAGUGGAUCGUCAUUCCAUACGGAAGGCUUAUGAUGAUCGAAUUAUUUCUCUUCCACGUCACCACUAAUAUUCAGAUUGCUGAUGUGUUUACUAAAGCAAUGACGAGACAGCGAUACCAAUUUCUAGUCAACAAAUUGAUGCUUCUUGAUCGUCCAGUAUCAAUUUGAGGGGGGAUGUCAAUGAGAGAUCGACGAAGAUUACAAGAAUCCCGAAUGGGAAGAUAUUUCAGCCUAAAAGAUUGUUAUGGUAGAGAUGUCAAUUUUUUUAUUGCAGCCACAGCAAGUAGGAGUCGAAUGGAAGUGAUUUUUGCUACAAAAGAGAAUGUGUCAA